AGAUGUGAUGCUCUCCCUCCCCUCCGCCGAUCGACCAAUUCAGGGCUCGAUUGGGGCGCCUGGGUGGCCAUUUUCCAGGAAGAAACACAACAGGAAAGAGGAAGGGAGAAACUUUAAACAAAGAGCCCCAUGGACAUGGCCAGUGUCCUUUGUAACAGAUCUAGACUGGUGUCGUACCUGCCAGGAUUUUAUUCUUUGGUUAGAAGGGUUGUAACUCCCAAGGCUUUUUCCACAGCAGGAUCCUCUGGCUCAGACGAGCCUUCAGUUGCUGCUACACCUCCUGACAUAUGUCCAAGAACAGUGUGGCCAGAUGAAGUAAUGGGACCUUUUGGUCCCCAGGAUCAGAGAUUUCAGCUUCCGGGAAACAUUGGCUUUGACUGUCACCUAAAUGGUACAACGUUUCCAAAGACAAAACAAGUUCAUAAGAAUUUGCCUGACAUUUUAGUUGAGCCCUUGGCAAGUGAGCGGCAUGAAUUUGUGAUGGCACAGUACAUCAACAACUUCCAGAACAGCAACACUUCUAGUAAGCAAGAGGUUAACCAUGUGAAGACCUACUUUGAAACCGCAAAGGUGGAAUGUGCAAUACAAACAUGCCCAGAACUGUUGCGAAGAGAUUUUGAGUUACUGUUUCCAGACAUAGCUUCCAAUAAUCUAACAGUAUUAACCGUAACCCAGAAAACUGCAAAUGAUAUGACUGCAUGGAAUGAAGAGGUAGAAAAUGAACGAGAAGUUCUAAUAGAAAAUUUCAUUAAUGGUGCCAAGGAAAUUUGCUAUGCUUUGUGUGCAGAAGGCUAUUGGGCAGAUUUCAUUGACCCAACUUCAGGAUUGGCUUUUUUUGGCCCUUACACAAACAAUACCCUUUUUGAAACGGACGAACGCUACCGUCAUCUCGGAUUCUCUGUAGAAGACCUUGGCUGCUGUAAAGUUAUUCGUCAUAUUCUCUGGGGAACUCAUGUGUUGGUAGGAAGCAUUUUCACCAAUGCACCACCUGACAGUCCCAUCAUGAGGAAACUGCAAGGCAAUUAAUGGUGGACUCUUGGUUCUUGAAUUGGUCAAUAAACACUGUUGGGACAUACCAAGUGUUAAGAUAUAUUGAUUUAUAGACAAUAAAAGGUCUGUUAUUUAUUUUA